UAUUGAGUUUUGGGAAAAUUUUUUUUUUCAUAAAAUGUGUUAUAUUGGUCACACUGUAAUAAUAUUAUUUAAUAUCAACAAACAAUUAAAGUGGUACGGUACACGCACGUGUUCAAUAUAACGGCAAUAGGCGAUGUAAUAUUUUGGAGACAUCAAAUAGCGAAUAAACAUGCCACGUUCAAGAGUCAGAGUUUCUAAACGCCAAAAUUGGGAUUCUGAAAAUAUGAGGAUUGCUGUAAAAGAAGUUAUGGAAAAACGUAUGACAUUACGAAAUGCCUGCAUUAAAUUUGAUGUACCUAAAAGUACGCUAGAAAGAAAGAUUAAACAAAAAAACUUGGAUCCUAGUUAUGACACUGGGAACAAAGUAGCUCUAGGUCCAAUAUCCAAAGUAUUUUCAAGCACUGAAGAAGCCGAACUGGUAUCCUAUCUUCAACUUAUGGAAGGACGUUUAUUUGGACUAAGCUCAAUAGAUUUAAGAAAGAUUGCAUAUCAGCUUGCUGUCAAAAAUAAUAAAAAAAACAAUUUUUCACAAAAAAAAGAAAUGGCUGGUUAUGAUUGGUACAGAUGCUUUAUGGCAAGACAUCCUGAACUAUCACUCAGGAAACCAGAAGCCACUUCAAUUGCACGAGCUAUGGGUUUUAAUAGAGUUGUUGUAGGUCAGUUUUAUGAGCUUCUUGGAGAGUUAUUAGAAACAUAUAAGUUUAGUGCUGACCGUAUUUAUAACUGUGAUGAAACCGGUAUCUCUUCUGUGCCUAAAAGUAAAUCAAAAAUUAUUGCUUCUAAAGGAAGGAAACAAGUAGGCGCAGUGACUUCAGCAGAGCGUGGUGAGACUAUUACUGUUGAAAUAUGCAUGAGUGCAGCCGGUUCUUUUAUGCCACCACUUUUUGUUUUCCCUAGACAACGACAUAACUUGGAAUUUAUGCGAAAUGCUCCUCCUGGAUCAUUUGCUGAGUUUCAUAAAUCUGGAUGGAUGCAGAAAGAAAUUUUUGAACGCUGGUUAGAAAAGUUCAUAAUUUUUACUAAUGCUUCAAAAGAUAGACCAGUGUUACUCAUAUUAGAUGGACAUUCAACACAUACCAAGAGUAUUGAAUUAAUUCAAAUGGCUCGUGACAAUGGAGUUAUACUUUUAUGUUUUCCACCUCAUUGCACUCAUAAAAUACAACCACUAGAUGUAGGGUUUAUGAAACCUUUAAGUACAUAUUAUGAUAAAGAAGCUACUAAUUGGCUUCGCACACAUGGAGGUAAUGUCAUAACAGUCAAACAAGUUGCUGAAAUUUUUGGAUUAGCCUAUAUUAAAGCUACUUCUAUGUCAACUGCUAUAAAUGCAUUUAAAAAAACAGGAAUAUGGCCAUUAAAUCCUGAUGUUUUUACUGAUGUAGAUUUUAUGGCUGCUGAAACGACAAACAUUGAUGAAGAAAUAUUUAAUAAUAUUGAAAAUGAUUCUUUAAGCAUUAAUCAAAACGAUGCAAUGGAUAACUUGCAAAUAGAAAAUUUGGAAAUCAUGCAAAUAGAAAAUAUUGAAAUAGAACUGUUAGAAGAUAUCCAAACAGAAAUGUUAGAUGAUAUUCAACUUGAGUCUUAUGUAAAUCUAGAAACUAUAUCAACACCAAAAAUAAAUAAGCCGGUUCCAUCAACUAGUUUUAAAAAAGUAUCUCCUAAAGAUAUAAUGCCUGUGCCUCAGCAAUCUAUUGAAAGUAAGCAAAGAAAAAGAAAAAAUAUUCGACGUGGUAAAACUGUAAUUUUAACAAGUUCUCCAUACAAAAAUGAUUUGCAAAAUCAAAAGGACAAAACCAAACAGAAAUGUGUGAAGAAAAAUUUAUUUCCUAAAAAAAAUAAGACUGCAACUAAAACUAAGAAAAGAAAGACUGGAAAAAAAAAGUCAUCUGAUGAAAAUGAUGAUGAAUACUGCCUGUAUUGUGGAGAACCAUACUCAACUUCAAACGAAGGCUGGGUACAGUGUAGGGUAUGUGACAAAUGGGCACAUUGCUCAUGUGCAGGGGAAGAUGACAGUGAAAAAGUAUUAUACCAUAUUUGUGAUAUUUGUAAACAAGAUACCUGAUACCUAAU